AUGAAAUUCCAAAUUCUUGUAGGUACUAAAUGGUGUGGAACUGGUGAUAUUGCAAAGAAUGAUACGGAUUUUGGUACAUUUUUAAACGUCGAUAGAUGUUGUCAAGCUCAUGAUAAAUGUCCAGAUUAUAUAUCUGGAUUUCAAACGAAAUAUAACUUGACAAAUCCUGUCUUUCAUACAAGGUUACACUGUUCAUGCGAUAUGGAAUUUUACAAUUGUUUAAAGAAAAUUAAUACACCGAUUGCUCUGAAAGUAGGGUUAAUUUUUUUCAAUCUACUGAAUAAUCAGUGUUACAAAGAAGAUUAUCCAUAUAAGUGUAUCAGUCGCUUAAUAAUCCCGUAA